GGGGGAAGGCUUUGCUCGGUGCACACGGCGCUGGCUGUCACCUGGCGCGGGGCUGCAGAUCCUACCAAAGCUAGACCUUCCCUCCCCAAACUGCUGGACAGGCCCGGCCGGUCGAUAAAGAAUGAAGACUGUCUGUACCAUUUUGAUUACCUCUUCUAGGGUUCAAAGAGAGAAUCAUUUCCCCUGACCUUCAUUUGCUAAUGACUCAGCUUGAUCUAACUGGUAUACAGAUAAACUUGCUGUUAAACAAAAAAUCCGGUAGGAAGAACCACCUCAAUGUCCAAAAUUCCUUUGCCCCUGCUGGUAUUGGUGGCUCUCUGUAACCAUCUAAAAGCUGAACUACGCAAAGUCACGAGAGCUAUUCACAAGAAGCUUGUAUAUGAAUGGACAAUGCUGCCAUCCUCUUGAGAGAUGAGACGAAGGACCCUUCACAAUGACAGCUCUGCAAGUUCCAAAUAUGAGAGUCGUGCAUACGGAGUUUCAUGCUUUGUCUCCAGAGUGAUCUUCGUUCUUGUUAAGCUAAUUUCACCUGUUGUCACAAGUUUUCCUUUUGGGAUUUAGACCAUCAUUAGCCACGGAACUCCUGUGUAAAUCAUUUUUUUUCUUUUUCUGUUUUUCCCUAUUUUACACAAAGACUGUUAAUAGGACUGUUAGUGGAAUAAGCAAAGCCAAUAUUCACAGGGUUUAACUUUGUACCAAUAGCACCUUUUGCCCCAGAAUGCCUUACAAACGCCAUACAGCACGCAUGUCCCAACGUACAACUUGUCAUGAAAUUUCUGUUCACUUAGGCACCACCUUAGUUUCCCAAGCUGACUUUUAGGGACAUUUCAGCACAUAGCAUCUCAUACCGUAAGUCAGACGCCACCCAGAGGUGCCUUUCAGGUCUGAGAGCUUUCUCCGUGAAUGUAUUCAGAGCUAAAGAGACCAUGCAUGCAUCCUGCGGGUUGAUGCCGUCCACCUAACGGGAGCAUCCUGAAGUGACUGAGGGAAUGGCAGAAGGAGGGCACGCUGGCGCUCCUCCUGUCCGACUGUGGGUGCGACGCGUAGGUGUUUACUGCGAUGAGCACCGCAAAACGUGGCUUGUGGCUGCGGAAGAGGAGGAAGGUAUGCUGAGGGCUCGGAUCCAAAGAGUUCAGGUUCCCCUGGGUGAGGCGCUGCGACCCAGCCAGCUCCCCCCAUCUCGGCUGCCUCAUAUGUGGCAGCUGUCCCAGGGUGAGCAGUACAGGGAUAGUAACUCUCGCGUUUGGGAGAUAGAGCACCAUCUCAUGCUUGGUGGUGUUGAAGAACUGCUGCUUAAACUCGUGCCUGGUGAUUAAUCUGGAGCAGUGGCUCUAGGAAGAUGUCGUUGUAUAUUUUGUACAAUAAAUGAUUCUCUCUCCACUG